AACUGACCCGAUGUUAAAAAAAAAAAAUCGUGGAACCCUAACCCAGCUUCUCUCUCGCGUUUCUCUCCCAUCUUCUCUCUCCUUCUUUUCCUCAGGCUUCAGCCACCAAUGUCGCUCCUAGCUCCGGUCGUGGGUCGCCGCGCGCCACUCUACCCUCCAGCUUUGGAGCCGCGCCUCCUCCAGCUGUCGCCGCCGCACCGCAUCAACGGUUGUCAAAUUUAAGCGAGAGAUGGUUAAGGCGCCGACCUUCACCGAUUGAGGGCGGGGGCGGCGUUGUGGUUGCAAAUUGAGAUCUCGCUUGUGUGUUAGUGAACGAGUUCAGGGAGAUAGAGGGGAAGGGGCGAAGACAUCGAGGGAGGCGAUGACACCGGGAAUCGAAGGUGGGCAGCGGCGCCGCCCUCUAAUUUUCAUCAUUCUCUCUUCUCAUGAUAGAUUGCUGCCGUGAAGCCGCCGUGAAUAUCUUCUCCGGUGACUCCGCGCCGUCCGGAGCAGCUGAACCUCGUGGCUUCGCACCGCCGUCGUCUUAAUUUGAUAAGUUUCCAUUGUUAAAGCCUUAGCAAACAGCAACAAACAAAGCAGCAUUUUACCGGUGAAGACGGUGAAAAAGAUGGGGGUGAAGGCGGCGAAAGUGCAGAAAGCGAAUCCCAAACCUGUCGUAGAGCAGUCUGAAGAGGAGAAAAUGAAAGUACAGAAAUAUAUGCGAGUGAAAGCUGCUGAUUUGGGGGAACUACAAGAUAAGAAAUUGAAGGGUCAGUUAGCUGUGAGGGAAGAAUUGUAUGGGAGAGAUCUGAGCCGAGGCCUGAGAGAAAAUCACGGUCGCCGCCGGAGUCAUAGUCUGGUAUUGAGGCAGCGGCGGCGGCGCAGCACGUGCAGUGCACUUUGCUCUUCUGCCCAACUUAUGUUUCUAUGUGUAUGUUGAAGUAUCAUUUGACACUUGACACUUUCAUAAAUAACACUAUCAUUUAGAGAUUUGGUGGAGAAUGGGAAUUUGGGGUUUGAUUGGAGGAGAGAGGUGAGGAUGUUUUAGUUUGAAAUGUUGAACCUCUGUUCAUGGGGAAUUGCUAGUUCAUGGAGCUGGUGGCGGGCUGGACCUUCUGGGCGAAGGGCCGGUGGAGAUAGGGCUGCGGCUGGGUGGCGUCCAAGGCGCUGGAUCUCGAGCCGAAGAAAUCGAGCCUGCUCCUCGGGAAAGAGGGGCUUGAUGGGCGGUGCGAGGAUUACGGUAAAUUCCUGAACCAUGGCUCUGAAAUUGGUGGUGUCUGUGGUCAGCACGGUGGUUGGCGUCCGUCUCGACGCUCUCGACCGCUUCUUUGGGUUCCGGGCCGCCGGAGACGCGGCUGCUGUGGCGCCCACCUAAAUUGACACUUGACACUUUCAUAAAUAACACUAUCAUUUGAAUAUAAAGAAAAAGAAAAAGUUUAGAUUAUUUUUUGGAAAGAAAAAGAAAAAAAAAUCUGGGAUAUUUUGCACCAAAUAUCACCUGCUGAUAAAUGAGUAAGUUGAAUUACAGUAGACUAGAGAAGCAUGUAAGAAUAGAGCGUUGGUUUGG